ACUAAUGAAUGAUGAUGAUGGCGAUAAAAUCCCCGCUUCCUCUUCUUCAUUAGCUUCAGAUCUUAAUGCUUUCCUAACAAAAAACCGAAGCAUCCAAAAAAAAAAAAAAUCUCCAUUCUUUGAAACCCAGUUUCACUAAUCCAAUGGGGGAGGAAGAGAAGAAAACAGUAGAGAAGAAGGAAAUGGAAGAGAAAAAGGUUGAAGACGAAAAGAAGGGGGAGGAAAAGGCAGCAACAGAGGAGAAGAAAGAAGAAAAGAAAGCUGAAGAAACGAAAGAAGAAUCUCCUGUUGUUCCCCAAGAGAUUGUUUUGAAGGUUUACAUGCAUUGCGAAGGCUGUGCUCGUAAAGUCCGUAGAUGUCUCAGUGGAUUUCCAGGGGUUGAAGAUGUAAUGACGGAUUGCAGGACUCACAAAGUGGUGGUGAAAGGGGAGAAAGCGGAUCCUUUGAAAGUUCUUGAAAGGGUUCAAAGGAAGAGUCACCGGAAAGUUGAACUUCUCUCGCCGAUACCUAAGCCUCCGGCACCGGAGGAAGAGAAAACAGAGGAUAAAGAGAAGUCUAAGCCUGAAGACAAGAAAGAAGAGCCUCCGGCGGCGGUUGUCACGGUAGUGUUGAAGGUUUACAUGCAUUGUGAAGCUUGUGCAAUGGAAAUCAGGAAACGUAUUCAAAGAAUGAAAGGGGUGGAAUCAGCUGAACCGGAUCUAAAGAGCUCAGAGGUGACAGUGAAAGGAGUGUUUGAACCGCCAAAACUGGUGGAGUACGUCUACAGAAGAACCGGGAAGACUGCGGUGAUAGUGAAACAAGAGGCGGAGACACCGAAGACGGAAGAAGAAAAAGCCAAAGAUGCCAACAAGGACGAGAAAAAAAGUGAAGAAAGUGGCGAAAAAGACAAGAAAGAAGCCGGUGGAGAAGAAAAAGACGACGGUAAAGACAAGAAACAAGAAGGUGACAACAAAGAAGCCCCCGCCGCCGACGCAGCUCCGGCGGCUGAAGACGCUACGGAAGAGACCAAAGUGGCGGUGGAGCUGAAGAAAAAUGAAUAUUAUUAUUACCCGCCAAGGUAUGCCACUGAGUUUUACGCAUACCCUCCACAAAUGUUCAGCGAUGAGAACCCUAAUGCUUGCACUGUAAUGUAAAAAACUCCAAGGUUUAGGGGCAUUAUUGGAAUUGAAAGUAUUGGGUCUUGCUAUUCAUGUGCCCCCUUGUAGAAUCUCCGAACCUAUAAUCUGCCAGAUGAAACUGUAGAAUUUUGCAAAGCUUUUUGUACUUUUAAAUUUUUAUUUUUGAAGUAUUUAUAAAAAUAUAUAUAAAUAAUAAGGCAUUAAUUUCAA